GCCGCAAUCUGGGGACCUGCUUCCUCUAUCGAGGGGUACUUUCUUUGAAGCACGAUAUGCUAGAGGAGACAGGUACCGCCAGAUAUCCCCGGCCAUGACACCAUCCCUGCUGGCUUGCAGGCAAUUCCAACCACAAGCCAGGAACUGGUUCCAAUCAGGCGUCAUCCACGGCGACCAGAACACCGCCACCAGCCAUGCCUAGAUAACUCGGGAGCUUCGCAUCCCAUAUCCUACGGUUUCUGUUGUUUUGCCGGGCUCCUUCACAAAAUCUACAACCGCAGUUAUGACAGUCCCGCUGUCGCCCAUGCUUCGGACCGCCGUCUGGGUCGUUGUGGCCCCUCUGGGUCUCUACUUCACCUUUCUCGCCCUUGGCGCAACGCCUUUCUUCCAACGACACUUCCUGUACGCCCACAAGAUCAACACCCUCUGGUGGCGCGACGUUAAUGAGCCUGAGAGAUGGGGCUUUGCAAAGGGCCAAGUCACGCCUUUCUCUCUCGACACCCCUGACGGUGUCAGCCUGUACGCAUGGCAUGUCAUGCCCUUGCCCGAGUACCUCAAGCAAGAAGAGAGGUUCUCGGCGCAGAGGUCCGGCUUCUGCCAUGACUUUACCCAGACCGAGUCCUUCAAGGCCUUGAAAGAAAACCCCGAUGCUCGGGUCGUCUUAUACUUUCACGGUAACGCAGGAGACAUCGCUCAGAACCACCGACCAGGCAGCUACCACGUCAUCACCGACACCUCGUCUUACCACGUCUUGGCCAUCGACUACCGCGGAUUCGGCCACUCCACCGGCGCCCCAUCCGAGCACGGCCUCAUCCAGGAUGCCGCAACACUCGUCGAUUGGGUCAUCAACACGGCCGGCGUGCCCUCCGAACGCAUUGUGCUCCUGGGCCAGAGCCUUGGCACAGCCGUGACGAGCGGCGUCGCCGAGCUGUACGCGUCCCAGGGCAUCGAUUUCGGCGGCAUCGUCCUCGUGGCGGGCUUCAGCAACCUGCCAAAGAUGCUAAGCGGCUACCGCAUCGGCGGCAUCUUCCCCGUCCUCGGGCCCCUGAAGGUCUGGCCCGGCUUCCUCGAGUACAUGGAGUCUUUCAUCUACGAAAAGUGGCCGUCGGCCGACCGCCUGGAGAGCCUGGUCAAGCUGAGCAAGAGGCGGCUUCGCCUGACGUUGAUCUCGGCCUUGGACGACGCCGACAUCCCCUGGACCGAGAGCAGCAAGCUCUUCCGUUCUGCUGCGAAUGCGACUGUUCCGGGCGGGCUCGAUGACCACUCGUUCGAGGCGUGGAAGGAGGUGCGGACGAUCCGCAAAGGCAAGGAUGCCUUUGUUACGACAUGGAAGGCGGAGCCCAACAUGAUUAUUCGCCAGGAACUGUUCCCCCACGGCGGACACAACGACAUUAUGGGAUACGCCCCGGUGAUUUUGGCCAUCAUGCGCUCCUUCGAUUUCGGAGGAACUGCUUAUGAUACAGCUAGUUCCGACACCAGCAGAACUUCGUAGGCGCUUUCUCUUAUCUUGGCAUCGGCGUUGUUUUCACUAUAGACUCGAGAGCGCCAGCAUUAGAGCAGAGUCGAGGUAGAAUUGGAGUAGGUAGAAUCGGAGCAACCCCCGGAUUUGCAACAUGCAGUGUGUAAGGCUUCGAAACUUCUGCGGCAGCGACCUAGUGCGCUUAGAUAUAAUUGUUGUUUUUAUGCCGCUCGCCGGCU